CCCCAGGCGAUUUGCUGGUACCACAAGCGGAUCAAUACAGAUUCCCUGUUAAUCUUUUAGACAACAGAAGCAUAUUUUGGCUUCGUCAUCUUCAACUUAGUUUUGCAUCAUUUGAACUACCUCCUCAAUUCAGCGGUUUCCCGAAUCUGAGAACACUUGACUUGCUCUUGUUACAUGUCACUCGGAAGGAUCUUCAAGAUUUGCUAUCAAAUUGCAUUAAUCUUGAGUGGUUCAGUAUGGUUAGAUGCCACUUGGAUGACGAGCUGACAGUGGUUCGUCCAUUGUCAAAGUUAUUAUACUUGCGUGUUGGGCACUGUAAGAUAACAAAGAUAGUACUAAAUGCGAUGAAACUCAACACAUUCAUGUUCUAUGGGCGGUUGUAUCCUGUUGACCUUGGGGAUGUUGCAGACCUGAAACAUGCAUUUCUUGAUUUAUAUACCCCAAUGACUCUUGAAUAUGCCUUGACUAUACUUCCCAAAGUGCUUCCAAGUGUUCAAGAUCUGACAUUACGUGCAUCUUUUGAACUCAAGAUGCCCUUGUGGAUGGAAACCCCUUGCAAGUUCUCCAACUUAAAAUGUUUAGAUUUGAGGUUGAUUUUAAAUGACAAAGAAGAAGGCAAUAUUCUGUCUUUGGCCUCUUUUUUGAGCGUUGCUCCCUUCGUUGAAAAGUUAGUGAUUUAUUUUCAUGUUUUCGGUUUCCCACACCGUGUUUCAGAGCCAAUUAAGAGUGUUCCCCGGUGUCCACAUAAUCAUCUAAAGAACCUACAUAUUACAGGAUUUUCUGGAACAACAACACAACUUGAAUUUCUAGUGCAUGUUGUUGAAAGUGCCCAUGCCCUGGAGAUUUUGACGAUUAAAGGGUCUGACAUAGUUGGCCGUCGUCUGGACCAUAAAUGGAUAAUAAAAUUCCUUUCCCUAUUUAGAGAACUGGAGAGAAAAUAUCUUCGUGAAAUAAUUUCACCAAAUGUGAAGCUCUCCAUUAUCUCUCGGGAAUAUAGAAUGCUGGAACAGGAGAAAAACAUGAAUUUUCUGGCAGAAAUCCAAGCUGCCUUAUUACGUUACGCAACUCGUCAACGAGGAGGCCAAGAUUUGGGUAAUCGCAUGGAUGAAGAACUUGAGUAAUUUGAUGUUGGGAGAGUAAACUUUUUGUUGUAUUACAGACUGUUAUUGUAAUGGUCCCUUUUCGAGUAUUAACCUUAUAAAGUCUCUUCUUAAUAAAUGAUGAAACAAAUCUUUUGUCCCUGUUUCAGAAUCUAUAUAAUAUAGUAUGUUGGUAUGUAAA